CUCCAAAGUGGGCGGAAGAGGAUGGAGUUUGGAGAGAGUUGGGGUCCAAAGAGGGGCAAAGUGGGGGUGCUUAAGGUGAGAGGGAGGGGAGAGGGAGGGCUCCCCUAGUAGCUCCGCCUGCCCCAUUCUUCCGUCUGCUUCUUUCUCCUCCUCCUCCUCCUCUCUUUCUUUCUUCUUUCCUUCCUCCUCCUUUCUUUCCUGGCCAUCAUGGCUCGCCUGGCUGUAACUGAGACCUUCUUUGGAAUCCAAUUCCCUGGCCACCUUCACACACAAGACUCGCUGCAAGCGGCCGCCUCCUUCCCUUUCCGACCCUCCGACGUCCUCCUGGUCACCUACCCCAAGUCUGGGACCACCUGGAUGCAGGAAAUCCUGACCUUCAUCCACAGCGAGGGGGACCCCGAGCCAGCCAAGACCAUCCCCAACUGGGCCCGCCUGCCUUGGCUGGAACACCUCUACAUGGGGACCCUCAUGGAGCCCAAGGGUCCCCGGCUCCUCACCACCCACCUGCCUUAUCCAGCCCUGGAGGAGGCUUUGGCCAAAGCAAAACCAAAGGUGAUCUACGUGGCCAGAAACCCCAAAGACGUGGCCGUCUCCUAUUACCAUUUCUGCCGGAUGGCCAAUUUUUUCCCUGAUCCUGGUUCCUUUGAGGAGUUUGCCCAGAAGUUCUUGGAUGGCACUGUACACUACGGAUCAUGGUUCGAACACAUCAAAGGCUGGCUGAGCUGCCAGGACGAAUUGAACAUUACCUACUUCACCUACGAGGAGCUGCACCAGGACUUGGAAGGUUGCGUGGAGCGACUGUCCGCUUUCCUGGGCCUCCCCAUGAAGCCGGGCCUGGUUGAGUCCAUCCGGAUGCACUGCAACUUUGCCUCCAUGAGCAAGAACACCAUGGUGAACACCACCCUGAUCCCCAAGGAGAUCUUGGACACCAGCAAGGGCCAGUUCAUGAGGAAAGGCAUCGCUGGAGACUGGAAGAACCACUUCUCUGCCCCGCUGAGUGAACGCUUCAAUACAAAAUUCCAGGAGGAAUUGGGAGGCCAAGCCCAGCGCUUCCAGUGGGUCAUGGACUGACCCACAGCAGGAUGGAGGACCCUUUCAAACUCCAAAUUCAUCAUGUUGGAUCUCGUCAAGGGUUGCCAUAUCCAACCCGCACGGUGAUUGGCAAAAGGAUUUCCCAAACAUUUAUGGCCAGGGAUCCAAUGAAAAGGGAUUCUGACUCAUACUUAGGAAGAACCUAUUGAUGAUAAGAGCUAUGCAACAAGAGACUAUUCUGCCUCAAAGUUUGUUGGAGUAUCCCCCUUCAUUAAUCAGAGACUGGAUGGCCAUCUGCCGGGAGGCCUUUGAUUGUGUCUUCCUGCAUGUAAACAAGGGGUCAAAGUAUAUGGCUCUUGGGAUUCCUCCCAACUCUAGCAUUCAGAAUGUAGUAGAGUUUCCUUCUAAAGGUCUUUAAAAAGAGACUGGGUGGUCAUCUGUCAAGAGGGCUUCAAUGGUGUAUUCCUGCCUAGCAGAAUGGGAUUGGUCUCGAUGGCCUUUGAGUACUCCUUCCAACUCUAGUGGAGUCUCCUUGGGACUGGAUGGCCAUUUGUCGGGAGGGCUUUAAUGUUGCUUUCCUUUGUGGCAGAAGGGUUGGUCUCGAUGGCCUUUGGGUACCCCUUCCAACACUAGUGGAGUCUCCUUGGGACUGGAUGGCUAUCUGUCAGGAGGGCUUUGAUGCGGCCUUCCUUUGUAGCAGAAGGGUUGGUCUCAAUGGCCUUUGGGUACCCCAUCCAACACUAGUGGAGUCUUCUUGGGAUUGGAUGGCCUUCAGUUGGGAGGGCUUUGGUGUCGCCUUCCUUUGUGGCAGAAGUUUUGGUCUCGAUGGUCUUUGGGUACCCCUUCCAACACUAGUGGAGUCUCCUUGGGACUGGGUGGCCAUCUGUUGGGAGGGCUUUGAUGUUGCCUUCCUUUGUGGCAGAAGGGUUGGUCUCGAUGGCCUUUGGAUACCCCUUCCAACUCUAGUGGAGUCUCCUUGGGAGUGGAUGGCCAUCGUUUGGGAGGGCUUUGGCAUUGUUGCCUUCCUUUCUGGCAGAAGGGUUGGUCUUGAUGGCCUUUGGGUGCCCCUUCCAACUCUAGUGGCGUUUCCUUGGAACUGGAUGGCCAUCGGUUGGGAGAGCUUUGGCGUUGUUGCCUUCCUUUGUGGCAGAAGGGUUGGUCUUGAUGGCCUUUGGGUGCCCCUUCCAAUUCUAUGUUUCUGUGACUCCAAAACCAGACCCUAUGGAUGCCUCGUCAAGAGGCCUUGAGGCCCCAGUGCCAAAGAGACCCUAAGCAUAAGUUUAUUUCAAAACACCAUCUUUAUUUUUCUUUAUUCGGUUCACUUUUUUCAUAUUCACUUUACACAGGACGAAAAGGGGGAAAGCGUAUUAGCAAGACAGAGAGGGAAAAGUGAGCUGGGAUUUGAACGGAAAACUCCAGCUCACAACAGGGAAUGUUUAAAAGCUUUGGACUGCAUUUUUUUUUAAAAAAAUUAUAUUACUUCUCCAAAUGGGAAUGAAGCCCAGACUGAGAGAAGGGAAAAAGCGGAAAUAUUGCGCGUGAAAGAAGGGGAGGAAAAGCCAGAUAAAAUAAGUUAUUGGCAA